CUGAGCGUCGCCGCCAGCGCCGUCUUCCAGCUGGCGGAGACCGGCAACGCCACGGUGGUGGUUCCCGCCAUCGUGGUGGCCGAGUUCUACUACCUGUCGGCCAAGCUGGGCAGUCCCCUGGAACCGUCGGCAUUGCUGGAGGCGCUGGACUCGGUGAGCGGGAUAGAACUGUCCGAGUUGGGCCGGGCACAGCUGGAGAGGCUGGACCGGUUUCCCGAGGUUUCGGAGAUGCAUGACCGGCUGAUCGCCGCGGAGUCUGACGCGCUGGGCGCAGCGGUGGUGACCCGGGACGAGGCGCUGGCGCGCAGGUGA